GGCGGAGCCUGCACGCAGUGUUGUCCGAUCCGUGGUGGGAUUAAAUACACAACCGCGGGACCAUGUUUUGUAGGAGCCUGAACGUGUGUGUGACCCUGUGCAUGUGGAUUACCGCGUUAACGAGCCCGGGAAGUGUGUCUGCGAGGAAGCAGGACGACUCUUUCUUCACUGCCAGUAUUUACCGAGCAAGAUGCGCCUCGAGAUGCCUCAGCCUGCACAUCACUCGCAUCUCUGCUUUUUUCAAGCACUCUCAGAAUAAUGGAUCCUUGGUGUGGUGCCAGAAUCACAAGCAGUGCUCCAAGUGCCUGGAGCCCUGCAAGGAAUCCUGGGACCUGAAGGAAAACCAGUGCCAGGAUUUAUGCGAGCCCCUCUUUCCCAAGAAGCACUAUGAGUGUCUUACAAGCUGUGAGUUCCUAAAGUCAGUAGAGGGAGUGAAGCAAGGUGACUGUCCUGCCCCAGAGAAGGCCAGCGGCUUUGCAGCAGCCUGCGUUGAGAGCUGUGAGGAGGAUGGAGAGUGUUCAGCCGUGAAAAAGUGCUGCUCUAACGGCUGCGGCCACACCUGCCAGCUGCCUAAGAACCUCUACAAAGGAGUCCCUCUGAAGCCGAGGAAAGAGCUGGUGUUUGUGGAGCAGCCGUCAGGUCAGCUGGAGAUUCGCUGGUCCUCCAAGUUUAACAUUUCUGUCGAGCCUGUCCUCUAUGUGGUGCAGCGUCGUUGGAAUUAUGGCAUCCACCCCAGUGAGGAUGAUGCCACCGAUUGGGAGACUGUGGCGCAGACUGCAGAGGAGCGCGUCCAACUGGCCGACAUCAGAGCCAGCAGAUGGUACCAGUUCAGAGUUGCUGCAGUCAACGUCCACGGGACCCGUGGCUUCACCGCGCCCAGCAAACAUUUCCGCUCCUCGAGAGACCCUGCCGCCCCUCCCAGCCCAAGCAGUCUGCGUGUGACCAAUGUGACGCUGGGAGACGAAGGCCUGGUGACAGCUCGUCUCAACUGGACCCUGCCAGAGGAGCCCGAUAUCCCCAUACAUCACUACAAAGUGUUCUGGAGCUGGACGGUGCCCACCAAGUCGAUGGUGCCAUCCAAGAAGAAAAGGAGAAAGACCACCAACGGGGCUCAGAGCUGGGUGGAUCUGGAGGGACUGCAACAAAACUGCAGUUACACUGUGGAGCUGCAGGCCGUCACGUACUGGGGACAGGUGCGUCUGAAGAGCUCCAAGGCUUCUCUCCACUUCAGCACCGCCCAGAAUAAUGAGUCAGUAAAAUCAGUACUCAAGUCAAAGAAGGAGGAGAUAUCCCCUCUUGGUUCGACCAUGGCCAAACGCCCCUCUGGCCCUCUAGAGGUCGGCACACCCUUCUACCAGGAUGGCCAGCUGCAGGUCCGUGUCUACUGGAAGAACCGGGGAGACCCCACCGUAAGUCGUUACCAUGUCCAGUGGAUGCCUGAGUUCUGCAGCCACAACGAGACCCGAGGACCAGAGAAAUUAGUCACGCAGGAGAACUACAUCAACCUCCCGGGCCUGCUGUUCUCCUGCAAGUACAAAGUCACCGUUCACAUGCUGAAGUCCAAGAGACGCUCCAAGGACGAGAGCACCACCUUCCUCACACCAUCCUGUGCUACCAUCCGGAGCAAGACUCACAAACACAUCCCCUGCCCAGCGGAGGGAGCUCCAGGGCUUCCAAAGGUGCUGGCUAAGCCAGAGAACCUCACGGCCUCUUUUUCCAUCGUUGAGGGAAACAUCACCGGCAACUUCCUGUGGCGUGUAUCCAGGGUGGCUCCUCAUCAGCGAAUCACAGGCUUCCAGGUCACCUGGGCUGAGAUCACCACUGAAAGCCGGCAAAACAGCCUGCCUAACAGCAUCAUCUCCCAGUCACAGAUCCUGCCUCCCGACCAUAACUUGCUUGUGGUGUCCAACCUGCGGGCAUCCACCUACUACAGACUGGAAGUGCAGGUCAUAACAACUGCUGGAGAAGGUCCUGCUACUGUCAAGACCUUCCAGACCCCGAACAUAUUACCAGUCAUUCAACACCGACCCAGACUCCGGCAGCACCACUCUCACCACCAGAAGCCAACAGUAGAGAGACACUGAGCUGCAAGUCGAGGCAAACCCAAUAGGGAGAAGUACCAGUGCUCUCUGCUCCUGUCUGUCAGGGAAGGAAUGUGUGGAACCAAACAGAACCACAGCGCACCAGACCAUGAACUGACCCCCUUGCUCGUGAAAUAUGGGUCCAUCUUCUCCAGGCUCCACAACACUUCAGCUAUUCCUUCUUAACCCCUCUCUCUUGACUGAUACAUGUCACCAGACGGGUUGGUCUGUACAGUGAACAUACAUAUUCAGGAGGUUUUGAAAUUCUAGGUAAAAGUAAGUAAGUAAGUAAAAUUGUUGUCAACCAGCUGCUAUUCUACGCAGCAAACAGGAUAUUAACAAAAUUUCAAUUGUGUGGAUCAAUGACAAAGAAUUAGUUCAUGGUAUAGAGAAAAAGAAAAUAUUUUGGCAACUUGACUGAAGAUGGUUGAUCAUGGAUCGUGAUGCCAGAACUGUAAAACAAUUCAUGAAGAAUGAAAAGUAGAAAUUCAUCUAUUUAUUUUGUGUUACCCAUUAAAGAGGCGCUUAGGCAUACAGUCAGUACUGAUGGAUAAUGUAACUAAAGUCAAUGUUGUUAACCGAGAAUAUUUCACAUAGUAUGUUGCAUGUAGUACAUUUGAUUUUUGAACUGUAAAUUAAUUACUUGCUUCAAAUUGAAAGCUUGUAAUGGUUUUGCAUGACAACCGUUAGCAUUCUGUUGGCAUGAAAUAAUGUCUGUGUUACCUCUUUUCAGUAUGUUAGCAAUAUUUCAUUAACAGAUUAACAAAGAAUUAUAUUGGGAGUAAUAUGUAAUGUUUAUUAAUGAAAUUAUAACUUGUGUGGAAAUGAUGAAUUGUACAUGUUCUUGGCUGUAGAAAUAUUUGUCGUGGAACAGUCAGUGAAUGUCUAUAUUUAUUUAUGUGUGUAUUACAAAGUUUGGUUUGGAUGUGUGUGAAUGUGUAUGUUUUGCGUGUUCUAGUCUCAAGUUUUUGAUCCGGCAAAAAAAAUCUUGUAAAGACAUUUUGUAAAAAUGGAAUUGUAAAUACAGUCUUAUGUUACAUGUUAUUUUUCCAUGGUAGAAACUGUACAAAAUGCUAAGUAAUAAAAUAAUCCUCAACCCGU